CCUCGCGAUCGUCAGGUCAGUUUCGCGCCCGAAGUUUGGACCAUAUACCUUACCAUUCGACAAGGAAUUGCCAAUCUCUAACCGCCUCAGACUGGUUGCAAGCUUCCCAGGCACCAUAUAUUGAGUUUCGGCAGCCAAUAUACCGACAAUGAGGCCCCCCCUUUCCGGGGCAGGCAGGCCAUUUACAUACCUGCGGUGCCUCGUGCAAACGUCGCGACAACGCCCUACCGUUUCGACCCGCUGUCGCCUGCGGAAACCCCAGACAACACCAUUAGCCUCUUACCAUAGCACGCGCGCCCUUCCGCAAGACCCGCCCAUUACCCCAGAGCAUCAGCAGCCGGCCCCUGUCCGAUUACCAGCCACAGCGCCCAAGGCCGCCCUCGACCUCAAGCACAUCCGCCAAAACCCAGACCUCUACGCCCAGAACUGCCGCGAGCGCAACUACCACGCCGCCGCCUCGUACCCAGCCCGCAUCAACGAUCUGUUUACCCAAUGGCAGGCCAAGCAGCGCGAGGCCCGCGGCUUGCGCGAGCGAGGUAACCUCCUCCGCGGCCAGCUCGCCAACCCAGGGAGGACGAGCGGCGACGAUGCCGACGAAGAGGAAGCCGCCGUGUUCCGCUCCAUGUCCCGCGAACAGCUUCUCGAAGAAGCCCGCAAGAUCAAGGCCGACCUCGGCGCAAUCGAAGAAGCCGAGUCGUCCCUCGCCGCCGAGAUGCAACGCCUCGCGCUGGCCAUCCCCAACCUCACCAGCGACGUCACCCCGCGCGGCGACGAGCCCCUCGUGCUCAGCUACAUCAACGACCACCCGGAGCCCGGCCCGGCUCUCUCCGACCGUGUAUGGCGCUCCCACGUCCACAUCGGCGCCGAGCUGGGCAUCCUCGACUUCGCCGGCGCCGCCUCUACCUCGGGAUGGGGCUGGUACGUUCUGCUGGACGAAGCCGCCCAGCUCGAGCAGGCCCUCGUCAGCUACGCCCUUGCGGCCGCCACCCGCGCCGGCUGGCGCCAAGUCUCGCCGCCGAGCAUGGUCUACUCGCACAUCGCCGGCGCCUGCGGCUUCCAGCCGCGCGACGCCCACGGCGAGACCCAAAUCUACACCAUCUCCCAGGCCGCCGACGACGCCGCGCGCGGCAAGCCCGAGCUCUGCCUCGCGGGCACGGCCGAGAUUCCGCUCGCGGGCAUGAAAGCCGACACGAUCCUGGACGAGCCCGACCUACCGCUAAAACGCGUGGCCGCCUCGCGCUGCUACCGCGCCGAGGCGGGCGCCCGCGGCGGCGAGACCAAGGGCCUGUACCGCGUGCACGAGUUCACCAAGGUCGAGCUCUUCGCGUGGACGCCGCCGGACCACGACGCCACCUCGGACAUCUUUGACGAGAUGAUCGACCUGCAGACCGAACUGCUGGGCUCGUUGGGGCUGCACUGCCGGGUGCUCGAGAUGCCGACGGCCGACUUGGGCGCGUCGGCCGUGCGCAAGUGCGACAUCGAGGCCUUUUUCCCCUCGCGCCGCGACCGCAACGACGGCUGGGGCGAGGUGACGAGCGCGAGCAUCUGCACCGACUACCAGACGCGCCGGCUCGCCACGCGCGUCAAGCUGGCCAGCGGCAAGCUGGUAUAUCCGUGGACCGUCAACGGGACGGCGCUGGCCGUGCCGCGCGUCCUGGCGGCUAUCUUGGAAAACGGGUGGGACGAGAGCGAGAUGGCUGUGACCAUCCCCGAGGUGCUGCGGCCGUGGAUGGAUGGCAGGGAGAAGAUUGGGCCGAAGCGUCGGUGUUAGUUUGACAGGGAUACAUUCUGAUCUCAAUUUGUAUGUACAUGAUGUGUAGUAGUUAAGUCAUCAGCCUAGCACUUGUUGCAAUGUAUGAAGAGUAGGGAGCUGCAACCAA